AUAGUGAGCGCCAAUCGCUAGCGGGAGCAGUUUGGCGUUGGGGGCUAAACAAACUGCGAUCGGAUAACUAUAUAGAAAACAGAAUCGAAAUAGACGCACAAUUAGCACGCGGAGAACGGGUCGAACAACAUAGCAAAACAAACCCCAAUUAAAAUCAGAUAUUAAUAGACAAAAAACGUGCUCAACAAUAAAAAGUACGUUAAUCUGAGUGCACACAACCUAAAUUACAGAACCCAUAGAUGACCAAUAAAACCGACGGUGCUUCAAAUUAAAGGAAUUACUAACAUGGAGGAAAUUCCUGCAAAACUGCCACGCCUGGGGCUGCGACAUCUGCAGGCGGGUCUCCUCUUCUAUGGUCUGGCGGCUAACACAGUCCUGCAACUGAACGUGGGCGUGGCAGUUGUGGCAAUGACCAACGGAACCAAAUCGAGCGAUGGCGACACGCCCCACUACAACUGGUCGGAGGUGGAGAAGUCUUACGUCCUGUCGAGCUACUACUGGGGCUGCGCCCUGGCCCAGUUCCCCGCCGGCUAUCUGUGCAAGCGCUUCGGCUCUAAGGCGGUCCUUUUCUGGGGCACCUUGGGAUCUUCCCUGCUCAGUGCCCUUACCACCUACGGGGUGUAUGCAGCGGGCUGGAAGGCGUACUGUGUCAUUCGUCUGCUGCAGGGUCUGUGCCAGGUGACCUGGCCGUGCAUCCACCAGCAUUUGGCCAACUGGUGCCCCACGGCGGAGCGAACCCGUCUGGGAGCGUUUGCCUACACGGGCUUUGAUUGCGGAAAUGUGUUGGCCAUGUACGGGGCGGGGCAGAUAGCCAGUUCAUCGAUGGGGUGGCCCGGCAUUAGUUACUCCGCGGCAGGCUUCGGCCUGGUUUGGUGCGUCCUUUGGCUGCUUCUGGCGGCCAAUAGGGCGAGCGAAGCAAGAUUCAUUGGCGACGCGGAAAAGGUCUUCAUCAUGGAGGAUCUUCAACGAUCGGAAAGGAAGGAGCCCAAGAAAAUGGAGAUCCCCUGGAGGGGAAUUUUCACCUCAGUCCCAGUCUACGCCCUACUCUGCGCUCGGUGUGCUGACAGUUGGGGCUUGACCACAAUGCAAACCGAGCUACCUGCCUACUUAAGCGGCGUCUUGGCCCUGGAUUUGAAAAGCAAUGCGCUCUUUUCGGCGCUUCCCUUUCUGCUCAUGUGGAUCAUGUGCUACGUUUAUCUCGUUAUUGCAGACGUUGUUCUCCAAAAAAAGUGGAUGAGCUUGACAGCGCUAAGAAAGACUUACACGAGCAUAGCCCUUUGGGCACCGGCUUCCAUAAUGCUGGCGCUCGUGUUCGUGGGAGAAGGGCAGAAGACCUUGGUCCUAGUGUUAGUAACUCUUAGUGUGGGCGUGAGCAGUGCGGCCACGAUUGGCAGCGAGCUAAACACGAUUGAUUUAUCGCCAAACCAUGCCGGGAUUCUAGCCGGCCUCAUGAGCAGCUUUACCAAUCUAAUGGCCUUGCUGACGCCCCUCGUAGUGGGCGUUUUGGUCACGGACACCAGUCAGCGAGGACAAUGGCAGGUGGUCUUCAGCCUGGCAGCCGGAAUACUCUUUGCCGGGAAUGUGAUCUUCUUGGUUUGGGGAACGGCCACGACCCAGACGUGGAACGAGUACAAAGAAUCGCAGCGAGAACUGGAGCCGGAGGAGAAGCCGUUCCAGCACACCAAGCUGGAAAUAGCGCAAACACCUGACAGUGCCGAUGCCAACGGAGUAGGCUUAAGACUGAACUGUACGAGCCCUUGAAAAUAAAUAUACUAUUCUAUUUUAAAUUCCA